GGAUGGGUCCUAUCCACAUGAAUGAGGUCCAGUGUCUGGGGACGGAGAAGUCGAUGUGGAACUGUGUCUUUAAGAACAUAACCUCAGAGGACUGCCAGCAUGUAGAAGACGCCGCUGUGAGGUGCAACACGCCGUACAUGGCUCUGGAGAACUCGGUGCGUAUCGUGGGAGGCAGGACGUACUAUGAGGGCCGUGUGGAGGUUCAGGUGGGGGCGCGGUGGGGCACGGUGUGCUCUGCAGGCUGGACCACUAAAGAGGCCAUGGUAGUCUGCAGACAGCUAGGCCUGGGGUACUCCAUGCAUGCCAUCACUGAAACGUGGUACUGGGACAGUAGUAAUGUAACAGAGAUGGUGAUGAGCGGAGUGAAGUGCACAGGGAACGAGAUGUCUCUGAGCCACUGCCAGCACCACAGGACCGUCAGCUGUCAGAAGACUGCUGCUAAGUUCUCUGCUGGAGUCAUCUGCUCAGAGACGGCAUCUGACCUGGUCCUGAAUGCUCCCCUGGUCCAACAGUCGGUGUACAUCGAGGACCGCCCCCUCCACAUGUUGUACUGUGCAGCGGAGGAGAACUGUCUGUCUAAGUCUGCUGCUAGCGCUAACUGGCCCUACGGACACCGCCGUCUGCUGCGGUUCUCCUCUCAGAUCCACAACAUCGGACGGGCCGACUUCAGGCCCAAGGCUGGCCACUCCUGGGUCUGGCACGCCUGUCACGGGCACUACCACAGCAUGGACAUAUUCACCCACUACGACCUGCUGUCGUCCAACGGGACCAAGGUGGCUGAGGGACACAAGGCUUCCUUCUGUCUGGAGGACACAGAGUGUCACGAGGGUAUCUCUAAGAGGUAUGAGUGUGCUAAUUUCGGAGAGCAGGGCAUCACCGUGGGGUGUUGGGACCUGUAUCGCCAUGACAUCGACUGCCAGUGGAUCGACAUCACCGACAUAAAACCAGGAAACUACAUCCUACAGAUUGUGAUCAAUCCAAACUUUGAAGUGGCAGAGAGUGACUUCACCAACAACGCCAUGAAAUGCAACUGCAAAUACGACGGCCACCGGAUCUGGCUUCACAACUGUCACAUGGGUGAUGCCUUCAGCGAGGAGGCAGAGAGGAAGUUUGAGAAAUACCCAGGACAGCUCAACAACCAGAUCUCAUAAUCUGCCUAGCAACACACAAAUCUCAUCAGACCCAUGUACAAACCAAAGAGCGGGGCUUGAUGCGUCUAACCGUGUUCAACAAUGGGACAACCAAUCACCAACCCCUCCAUCACCUAUCUACCUAUCAGAAACCCAAUUCAUUAUCAAAUCACAAACCAACCAACCGAUCACAACCAACAUCAUUAAAUCACAAGCAACAUCCCACAGGGCAGCAGCAGUGGUCUUAAGACCAGGAUUCAAUCCAAACGCAUUUUUGUCGGCUAAUGCACCUUUUAAAAGGCAAUGUUUCCGCGUUUACAGAGACCGCGUUCACGGUAAACGCUUCAUAAGUCAGCUCAGAUUACCUUUAACAUGUCAAGCGCGUCAUGAUCUACUGAUCUACCGCCGAUCAGAUUGAAUCCAGGCCUUGACUGAAGGAGCCAUGUUAUAUUGUGAUGUCAUAUGGUGAUUCGUGUGUUGGUGUGUGUCAGUGUUUUUGUACUUGAAUACUUAGUGCUCUAAUAUUUUUUUUUUUAAACAAACUUAUUUCAGAUUUUUAUUCAAAUGUGAGUAUAUUAUGCUACAUUUUGUGACAGAAGAACACAAGUCAUGAAGGAUAUCACACUAGUCUUAAAGAAUGUGUGACUGAUUGAUGUCUGACGUGCAACCUAUUCAUGAAUGUUUUGUUAAAGUUAUGAAUUAAAGUUUGUAUUUUUUUGUCCAGUCUGUAGUUUUGAACGGUGAUCCAGAGGUGUAUUCACUAGGAACCAAACAGAAGCAAACAAAACAGGGACUGACCUAUUUGUCCAAUAUAAGCUCUUGGUUUCGUUGCAAAACGUAGUUUUUUUUGCUAUGCUGUGCACUAAUGAAUACACCUCAGGAGAAAACGCCAGUCCUUGUUCUGCUACAAGCCGUGUUCAUAAUGACCUGAGGCGUCACAGGGAACCAUCCUGUUGUAGCAUCUCCAUGGAGUUCUCAAAGAUCUGUUUAGAUAAAAUAUAUUCUAAAGUCUUCAAAUUCAAAUCUGGACCUUGAAGCCAGUUCCACUGCGUUUUUUCAUUGUUCCUCCUCUAAUCAGGGACUGAUUUAGACCUGGGGGCACCAGGUGGGUGCAAUGAAUCAUCAGGUACAACAGAAAACUAGUAAUACUCCGGACCCUAGGGUAAGAGUUGAAGACCCCUGCUCCAAAACCAUCAGUUUGUCAUUCUGCAUGAUUGUGUUUUUAACACGGUGCUCAUCUAUUGGUGUAACUCUCUUAUGAUUUGGGGUUGUUUGGAUCUCCUAUGAGGAUAUAUACUAAACAGAAAUAUAAACGCAACAUGUAAAGUGUUGGUCCCAUGUUUCAUGAGCUGAAAUAAAAGAUCCCA